UGACACUUGAUAAUUGCGCUUAUUAUGCUCGAAAUCUCUAUCAAGAAGGCUAUUAAGAAAUUAACAAAUAAACUCGCCAAUAAUGUGAACUUCACUCGUUUAGAGUGUGAGGCUUUGCUUUAUAUGUUUGUCAAAAUUGAGGGCAAAAAGCCUUUCGGAAAAUUAGAUCGGAUGAAGUUCAGAGAAAUAUUUCACCACACAUUUAAAAUGACAGAUGACCUGAUGAUUGAUAGAGUUUUCCGUGUUUUUGAUGCGGAUUUCGAUGGUGGUGUUAAUGCCCAAGAGUGGGUGAUGGGACUUUCAGUAUUGCUUAGGGGUACUUUGGAGGAGAAAAUAAAAUUUGCUUUUACCGUCUAUGAUCUCAAUGAUGAUGGUAGAGUAACAAGAGAAGAAAUGUUUCAACUGUUGAGGUUUUCUCUUGUCAAACAACCAGUAGAUGAAGAUCCUGAUGAAGGAGUUAGAGAAUUAGUCGAGAUAGCAUUUAAACGAUUGGAUAUGGAUCGUGAUGGAAGAUUGAAUUAUACGGAUUUUCAACAAGCUGUUGAAGAUAAUGUUUUAUUGUUAGAAGUUUUGGGAAAAUGUUUCCCUAAUGAAGAAGUGGUUACAGCAUUUUUGUCAACAUUUCAAGAGAUUAAAGUGCCUGAAUCGAUUUCUUACAUUAAACCAUCGAAAUCAUUGGUCAGUUCUAAUUAAUAAUGCAAAGAGAAGCAGAAGAGCACCGAAUGGAAAUAUCACUGAUUAUCGAUUGAUUGAUUGAUUAUGUCGCGAUAUUUUUGUUUAUUUGUGUCCAUUGAAAUUUGUCAUUUUCAAAGACAAGGAGAGAAACUAUGGCGCUGUUUGCUUGCUGUCUUGUGUGUGUGUGUGUGUGUGUGUGUGUGU